AGGAAGGCAGCGAUACACUGCCUGACGAGGAGCUCUUCUUCCAGCAAAGAUCCAGCCAUGAAAGUUGAGUAAAUAGCUUCCCCGCAGAGCCGAGCCCGGACUUGUCACUGUGAUGGGGCUUGGAGAGGAGCCCGGCGCCGCUGCCUCGCUUCGGGACUCCGAGGAAGGCUGUUCGGCGCAGGGAAGUUGAAUGGUGCUCGCUGGUGAGCGGAGGCGAGUGGCGGAGAGAAGAGCCGAGCCGAGAUUUAUUGCUUAAUUCUCAGGAACGUCGCUUCCACCUGACAGCGAAUUUGAGCAGCUGGCUGUGGAUUUUGUGUUUGCUUCCCCACAAACAAAGGUUAGUCGGGUGGCUUUGGCUUUUUUGGAAAGAGUGCUAACCCUGGACCCGUGUCAAAGACACAUGUCCGCCGCUUGCCAUGGGAUUGACGAAUUCUUAGCUGUUCUGUGAGCACUCUCGGUUCUCCGCUUGCCCUUCACUCUGAAGUCUACAUAUAUGAAAUGGAAAAUCGAGGGCUGUUCUGCGCCCUUUGUUACCUGAUGUUCAAGGCACCUCUGCUGUUCGUUGUGAACGCUACCUUUACUGAAGUUCCCAAAGAUGUGACUGUUAGGGAGGGAGAUGAUAUUGAGAUGCCUUGUGCUUUUCGAGCCAGCGGAUCCACCUCUUACUCCUUGGAAAUCCAGUGGUGGUACCUUAAAGAACCAGCCAGAGAACUUGCACACGAAUUAGCCAUCAGUGUCCCUGGCAGCAGGAGCAAGGUAACAAAUAAGGAUGCAACUAAAAUCAGCACGGUUCGCGUCCAGGGCAACGACAUCUCGCACCGGCUGCGGCUGUCGGGGGUGCGGCGGCAGGACGAGGGCGUGUACGAGUGCCGCGUGGCGGACUACAGCGACGACGAGACGCAGGAGCAUAAGGCCCAGGCGCUGCUGCGCGUCCUCUCGCGCUUCGCGCCGCCCGACGUGCAGGCGGCCGAGGCGGUGUCGCACAUCCAGAGCGGCGCGGCCCCGCGCCGGCACGGCCCCGUCGCCCGGCCCACGCCGCAGCCCGCCGCCAACAAGCGCCCGCCGCCUGCCGAGGCGGGGCCCGCCGCCGCCCCCACCGCCACGGCAAGGACCAGGGCCGCCGCCUCGGCCUCGCCGCCGCCGGGGCAGGCCGCCAUCCUCCGUCAGCAGCACGGGUCAGGUACAGUACCUAUUUAUGCUACAGACCCACUCCUAUAUAUGUUCCUGUUAAUACUGCAUAAGCUUGUAGCUUUAUUAGUAAACCACUGAUGGACUACAUCCUCAGCUACUCCUCAGCCAAACAAAAAGGAACCUAUUUAAAAACAGAGCAAAACCUUUGACAAAAAUACCUACUGUUUUAAAGAUGGACAGAGAGACUGACAGAAGCAUGAAAAAUUCUAAAUGGGGGGAAAAACAUAUUUUUGGGGAUGUCACAAAAAGUAAAACACAAAAUAAUGCAUUUAGUUUCCAGACUCUAUGAUGUAAUGCCCUGCUUUGUGCAUGGCACUCCUGAUUUCUCUAUUUUAAUGUAAUAUUUUUUUCUUUUCUAAACCUUUCAUCUGACUCUUCAUUUUGCACGAACUGUUGAGCAGUUAUCUUUAUGACAAUAUGUAAAAAUGUUGGGUCAAAGCCCUUCCUAAGAAAGGAAAUAUUUUUAGUAGGUUAUU